AUGCAGAAGGCUACGCAACAAGCUCUCUACAUCCCGCCUCACAAACUAGCCGCAGCGAAGAAUUCCGGGGGCCGGAGCGACGACGAAGCCUACCAGAGACUCGCCUGGGAAGCUCUGAAGAAGAGCAUCAACGGCCUGAUCAACAAGGUCAACUCGUCGAACAUCGGCAACGUCAUCCCGGAGCUCUUCGCCGAGGACCUAAUUCGCGGCGCCGGCCUCCUGUGUCGAUCCUGCCUCAGGUCGCAGAUGGCCUCCCCGUGCUUCACCGACGUGUUCGCCGCCGUAAUCGCCGUCGUCAACUCCCGGAUCCCGGAGAUCGGAGAGCUCCUCCUGAAGCGGAUCGUCUGGCAGCUCAACAAAUCGCUCCGCUGCAACGACAAGCCCCGGCUCCUCGCGCUUGCGAAGUUCGUCGCGCACCUCGUUAACCAGCGAGUCGCGCACCACACACUCGCACUCGAGCUGCUCCACCGCCUGCUCGAAAACCCUAGCGACGACGGCGUCGAGCUCGCGGUCGCCUUCCUGACGGAAUGCGGAGCGCUCCUUCACGACCUCUCGCCGAGAGGACUGGCCGCGUGUUUCGAUCGAUUGCGCGACGUCCUGCACGAGGGGGAGAUCGACAAGCGAGUGCAGUUUCUGAUCGAAGGCCUGUUCGCAAUUCGAAAGGCGAAUUUCAGAGGUUACCCUGCGAUUCGGCCCGAGCUGGAUCUCUUGGAGGAUGACCAGCAAAUCACUCAUGAUGUUUCUCUCGACGAUUCGGGCGUCGAUCCGGAGCUAGGUCGGAAUGUGUUCAAAUUCGACCCCGACUAUGCUCUACAUGAGUCCCAAUUCGAAGCGAAAAAGAAGAGCAUUCUCGGCGAUCAGGACGAAGAAGAAGAAGAAGAAGAAGAAGAAACAUCCACCGGUUCAGAAUCUGAAUCCGACGAAUCGGAAGAAGAAGAUGAUCUCGAGAUCAAGGACAAGACCGAGACAGAAGCAGUGGAGCUCCGUCGGACCAUCUACCUGACGAUCAUGAACAGCCUGAGAUUCGAGGAGCUCGGACACAAGCUGCUCUCCCUGAACAUUGCACCAGGGCAGGAGCUGGAGAUUUGCAGGAUGCUAGUGGAGGCUUGUGCACAGGAGAAGACCUACAACCGGAUUUACGGUCUCGUAGCCCAGCGGCUCUCGAUGAUUCGCCUAGCCUACCGGGCCAAUUUCGAGAGGUGCUUCGCCGAGCAGUACUCGACGAGUCACCGGCUAGAGACGAACAAGUUGAGAAAUGUGGCCACAUUGUUCGCGCACUUGAUUGCUACGGAUGCAUUGCCGUGGGAUGUUUUGGGAUAUGUUCGGCUGACCGAGGAGGACACGAACUCGUCGUCUAGGAUCUUUGUGAAGUAUCUGUUUCAGGAGAUGACGGAGCAGCUGGGGAUUCGGAAGCUGAACGAGAGGCUGACAGAGAAUGCUGCUGUGCUGGGGGAUUCGAUUUUUCCCAAGGAUAGUACGAGGAACGCGAGGUUUUCGAUCAACUUCUUUACGCAGAUAGGGCUUGGUGGGCUGACUGAAGGGAUGAGAGAGCAUCUGAAGGAGAUGGAAAGAGUCGCCAAGGAAGAUCGAGAGAAGAAGCUUGGUGGUUCAGAUUCGGAGUCGGAGGUGGAGGAGUCGAGCUCCGAUGAUGAAGGUAGAGAUCGAAAGAGGAGGCGAAGAAAGAGCGACGGAAGAGACAGGAAAAGAAGUAGGAGAGGUUGA